AUGAAGGUUUUCUUCGUCCUCCUGCUGGCAGUCGUCCUGUGCACUGACCCAGGUUCUUCUUUGCAAUGCUACAGCUGCAAGUCAAAACUCAGCAACAGCAACUGUCAGGAAUCAAUGAACUGCAAGGAAAAUGAAGUGUGCAAGACAGAUGUAAUCAGGGUGAUAGGGUUCUUCAGCAUCAUCAGCAAGGGCUGUGAGGCAACAUGUCAAGAAGACUAUCAAGAUUUCAAAGUGGGCAACAGGAAUGUCUCCUGCUGCACCAGCAACCUCUGCAAUGUCAAUGCAGCAGGAAGUGUGAGGAGCAGCUAUGGAAUGGCAGCAGGGAUAACAGCCAGUGUGCUCUUGACCUUCCUGAACAACAGACUGUGA